AGUUAGAGAAAGAGAAGGGAGUGAAGUGAUGGAAAGCUAAUAACAACAGCUUCCUCCACAACUCCUACAAACACUAAUCCUCCGCCCGCCGCCGGCAAAAUCCAAGCUUGACGGCAAAACCCUAGACCCUUUUCCGCCGUGAAGAAGGAAACACAGCCCUCGCAUUUCCCCACGUCAUGUGUUAGCUGAUUCUUCUCCAUUUUACUCUUUACUAUUACUCUCAUUCACGAGCUGCAAUGCGAUCGUCUCUUCUCCUCUCUCGCAUCCGCCAUGAAAGAAGCCGCCAUUUCCCCUUCCGUUUCUCCAUUUCUCAGUUUCACGCCCCUCUCUCCUCGCGCGAGCCGGAGAAGGAAACCACUAAUUUCCAAGAGAAUAAAUUUGUUGAUUCCGAUUAUGAUUUUUCUCGCUCCCAACAGAGGCGCUCCGCCGCACUAGGGCAUUUUCUAGCGGCCAAUUCUCUGUCGAGAGCUGUUCCUCCGAUUUUGCCCGCUUCUAAUUUUCUCCGCACGGCUCCCUUCACAAGAAGUUUUCUCACAAGAGCUAAGAAGAUUGAAAAGAUUGAGAAGAUUGGAGCUAUUGAUCAUGGCCAGCGAGCUGUCACAACUGCACUCUGGUGCAACUUUCUUGUUUUCUCUCUCAAAUUUGGGGUCUGGUUGUCCACCUCGAGCCAUGUGAUGUUGGCUGAAGUUAUUCAUUCAGUUGCAGAUUUUGCAAACCAGGCUCUUCUUGCUUAUGGUUUAAGUAGCUCACGCCGUGCACCAGAUGCUCUCCAUCCAUAUGGUUAUUCCAAGGAACGGUUUGUCUGGUCUUUGAUUUCUGCUGUUGGUAUAUUUUGUCUUGGUUCUGGUGCCACGAUUGUUCACGGAGUUCAAAACUUAUGGACUUCUCAGCCCCCUGAACACAUAGAGUACGCUGCUCUAGUGAUCGCUGGUUCUUUCCUUAUUGAAGGUGCAUCCCUCAUUGUUGCCAUCCAUGCUGUUAGGAAAGGUGCUGCGGCAGAAGGAAUGAAAGUGAGGGACUACGUCUGGCGUGGUCAUGAUCCAACAGCUGUUGCUGUCAUGACAGAGGACGGUGCUGCUGUUACUGGCCUUCUCAUUGCUGGUGCAUCGUUGGUGGCUGUGAACACCACAGGAAAUGCAAUUUAUGAUCCUAUUGGUUCAAUCAUCGUAGGAAACCUUUUGGGAAUGGUUGCAAUAUUUCUGAUUCAGAGGAAUCGUCAUGCUUUGAUCGGCAGAGCGAUUGAUGAUAAUGAUAUGAAAAGAGUGCUCCAUUUUCUGAAAAAUGACCCGGUUGUGGAUGCAGUGUACGACUGCAAAAGCGAGGUGAUUGGACCAGGGUUUUUCAGAUUCAAGGCUGAAAUAGACUUUAAUGGUGAGGUAUUGGUGCAAAACUAUCUAAGCAGAACCGGCCGUGAAGAGUGGUCUAAGCAGUUUCGGGAGGCUGCCAAGGAAAAGGAUGAUUCGGCAAUGUUCAAGAUCAUGUCGAACUACGGUGAGGAGGUGGUGACAGCUCUUGGAAGUGAAGUAGAUCGCCUAGAAAAGGAGAUUCAAGAAAUUGUUCCUGGCAUUAGACAUGUUGAUAUUGAAGCACACAACCCUAUUGUUCCUCCUCCACCACCACCAUCACCAUAGUUGUUUUUUGCUUCUUUUAAAUUGUAAACCAAAUUCAUGCAUGUAUUUUGGCUUUUGGGCUGUGUGAGAGAGAGAGAUGUGAAUAGUACUGAGAGUCAGACAUUUCUUGUUAAUAUAAGUCUCCAGGGCAAAUAGCAUUAAAACUUGAUGCUUUUGACAUUCAAA